UUCCGCUUUUGUUUGAUUCCUUCAGCUGGCGGCUCGCGCUGACAUACGAAGCGCAGGUUUGUGCUUUCAGAGAGAGGGGAGCCAAAGACAGAGAGAAAAAUCGAGAGUGACGAUACAGAGUCUCCUUUCCAUUUCCCGUGUCCAUGCAGUGAAGGCAGGGCUGUCCGCCUGAGAAGGAAAUCUUGAGAAGAGCAGAGCAGGCACUUGUGGGGGAGAGAAGAGUUUACCAUGGAGCAUGGCUUCAGUCCAUGAUGAUGGCAUGGAUGACAGACUGGCCCUCUUCAAGCAAGAUGCCUGUGAGUGGGGUGCAUCAGUAGAUGUCUCUGUGAAGUCGGAGGACUGCGAAGGAAGAAUCUCGGUCUUUAAAGAAGAGGAGUGUGAGGGGGAAAUCGUUCAGGUUACAGUUGGGGAUGCGGAAGAUUCCUCGGUUGGUCUUGAGCUGCAAAGCCACGACCCUGGAAAUGUUUUCCUGCACGACAUUUGUGAACAGUCUCAUUCCGGUUUGCGGCCCCGGGUCGCUGAGAUGGGGCGACUGUCUGCCCUGCAGAAGUCUGUGGAACUGAAGUGCGAGUUAGCGGAGUUUGAAGAGGAAACCGAUGAAGGGCACGGGAGAGGAGAGGAAGAGCCAUCUUGGAGUGCUGGAAUAAAUUCACAGGACAAUGGUGGCUUCUCCAUGUCUUCAUCUGCUCAGACAACAUUUCAGUGCAGACUGCCAAACAAACAGGACGAGAAAAAGAUGAAAAAAUCAACAAGUGGAUCUCCGAAUUUGACAGCAACCUCUUUCCAGUGUCGUUCUGUUACUGAUGUCAGACAAAGGAGGACAGGAGCCAUCACUAGUGAUCAACAAGUACAUAAACACAGAAGAAUUCACACUACCGAGAAAGCUCACUGUUGCUCCGAAUGUGGUAAACAAUUCUCUCAAAUAAGCCGUCUUCAGAGACACACGAGAAUCCACACAGGAGAAAAACCGUACUCCUGUUCAGAAUGUGGUAAGCAAUUCUCACAAAUAAGCCAUCUUCACAGCCACAAAAGGAUCCACACAGGAGAGAAACCCCAUUGCUGUCCAGAAUGUGGCAAACGAUUCUCACAAAUAAGCCAUCUUCAGAGGCAUGCAAGAAUCCACACUGGAGAAAAACCGUUUAGCUGUUCUGAGUGUGGUAAGCUCUUCUCACAAUUAAGUCAUCUUCAGAGCCACCAGAGAAUCCAUACGGGAGAAAAACCAUAUUGCUGUCCUAAAUGUGGAAAACGAUUCUCAGACAGUAGCACACUUCGGCGACAUGCACACAUUCAUACUGGAGAGAAACUGUAUUGCUGUUCUGAAUGUGGCAAACGAUUUUCUGUCAGUAGUGCUCUUUGGCAGCACACUCGUAUCCAUACUGGAGAGAAGCCGUUUAGCUGUUCUGAAUGUGGUAAACAAUUCUCACAUAUAAGAAGCCUUCACAGCCACACAAGAAUCCACACUGGAGAAAAAGCCCACUGAUAUUCUAAGUGUGGCAAAUGAUUCUCUGACGGUAGCAGGUUUCAGAAGCACACACUCCUCCAUACUGGAGAGAAGCCAUAUUGCUGUUUUGAAUGUGACAAGCGAUGUUCCAGUAAUAGCAAUUUUCAUAACUAUAUAAAAAUCUUCUUGUUCUAAAUGUAAAAAUGGAUUCUCAUUUUUUUAUGGACUUCAUAGACACUGAAGAAAAGCAAAGCAGUGAGGAGUAUGUUAGAGGUGGAAGAAUUAGGAAGGAGUCAAAGAGUCCCACCUGCAUGAUGAUUGCCUUCAUAUGAUGGGCUUCAUUUAUGAAGAUCUAUACCAAAUCUUGUCAAGGUAAAAAAUAUCUUUUCAAUAUAAAAUGGUUAAAAACGGUAAUUAAUAUUUUCUACAUGUCUCCAAGUAUAAAAAGGCACCCACCUCUUUCCUUGGAACAAGGCCUGGUGAUGGUGGUAGCAGUAGUGUAACAUCUUUGGAGGUCUUCUCUCCAUCUGAUGUGACCAUCCAGAUGGAUAAAUAGAACAGACAUGUCCACACAGAUGUACCUUGUGCAAGAAAUGAAUGGUACAGGACACGGUCCCGGGGCCAAUGGAAGAUCAAGCACUGCUUCAUUUACCCAACAGGGCCAGAAAAUCCAACAAAGUGAUAUGCCAGGAGGGUUCAGGUAGAACUGCAACCCGGAAAUAUAAUCUCAAGUUAUCUAAGGUACACACAUUUAAGAUCUCUACUUGGAAUAAUUCAAGAAAGAAAACACACAAGUCAAGGGAUAAUAGAAAAUGUCCACCAAAUAGCCAAGGAGGAACUAAUAUGUGUGUGUGUGGGGGGGGGGGGGGGGGGGGGGGGGUUUAGUAAAGAUCAAGAACAGAAAGGGAGAAGAUGAGGGAUGAAGAGAAAAAGAAGGACCUCCUGUGGUGUUGCGUCUACACCAACUUGAACAUUUGUACAGCCAAACUGAGUAACCACAACAAAAAGAAAAAAUCAGGACUUAUACCUCGACUUUCUCGUAUACUCAGAUAUGGGGAUGGAUAUUUGAGAAGUAAACCGCAAGACAAUGAUUAUAUUUUUAUAUUUGGUAUAUUAAACAACCAUCAACAACAAAUCAAAUCAAUAAUACAUUGAACAAUUAUUAUAAAAGUAAAUUUGAAUAAAUCUGAUUUUGCAGCUGUAUGAAUAAAAGGUACAGUACAACUUCUGGUUAGCGGAAAGAGACCAAAAGGUGAUAGAAAUCUACGUUUUGUACCCAAUACUUGUAUGCAGAAUAUGGAUGACCAAAGUGAAAGUGUACUCAAGUUAUCAUGUUUACACACACAAACACUUAUGUUCAUCAAAAUCUCGACAUCAUAUUUUUGGAUGAUUCCAAUUCUUUGCAUAUUCGAGAAAGUUAGAGAGGUCUAAAACGUAGAGAAUUCAUCAAAAUCUCGACAUCGUAUUUUUGGAUGAUUCCAAUACUUUCCCUAUUCGAGAAAGUUAGAGAGGUCUAAAACGUAGAGAAUUCAUCAAAAUCUCGACAUCGUAUUUUUGGAUGAUUCCAAUACUUUCCCUAUUCGAGAAAGUUAGAGAGGUCUAAAACGUAGAGAAUUCAUCAAAAUCUCGACAUCGUAUUUUUGGAUGAUUCCAGUACUUUCCCUAUUCGAGAAAGUUAGAGAGGUCUAAAACGUAGAGAAUUCAUCAAAAUCUCGACAU